UUGCUGGGGAGGCGAGGCCAGGCGGCUGCAGGGCUGUGACAGAUCUAGAAACAUGUCAGCGCCCACAGUCGUGCUACAGUGGUGAGGCGCUUUGUUCAAAAGAGAUCCGGAACGGACAUCACCAGGCUAAGUUGGUUCCAGUACUUAUCGUGGGGCCAGAGAAGCGAGGGACAGGUUUUUAGAGAUGCAACAGCUCAGCAAUCUCCAGGUGUCGACUUUAUUUAACACCUGGAGUCGGAUCCACCGCGAGGGAGGCCAGCACAGACUGUGCCUUAGGACCACUUCCUUUCCUUUUCCAGCACCUGGCUUUAGGAAGGCUUGAGGGUAAGGCUGUGAGAAACUCCGUCUCCGAGGCCAACUCGGGAUAGCCCAGAGCCCCCAGGAGAAGCAUCCACUCUGCCACCCGAAAAAGCAGGUCCUGAACCCAGACUAGCCAUGAAGAGUGACUUUUCCACAUCAGCGGCCUCCCUCAAAGGAGUCAGAGGGCCCCUGAGGAGCAGCGAGCUAGUGCUCACAGGCCCAGCCCCCACUGCAGCCGCGGUUCUGCUGGAGGAGGCGGCCGACCUCUUGGUGGUGGACCGGGACUUUGUGGCUGCACUGCAAACUUGCCAGCGGGCCUGCCAGAGCCUGGCCCAGGCGGAGGGAUCCUUGAGCGACUCCUUGGAGGUGAAAUGCUCCCUUUGUGUUGUGGGGAUCCAGGCCCUAGCAGAACUGAAUCGGUGGAGAGAAGUACGGCCCUGGGUUCUUCAGAAUUAUCACAUCCCUGAAAAGCUACCCCCCAAAGUCCUGGAGCUAUGUGUUCUUCUAUACAGCAAAAUGCAAGAGCCUGAAGCCAUGCUAGAUGUGGUCAGAGCCUGGCUUCAAGACCCAGACAACCAGUGCCUUCCAGAAUACAGAGCAGUGGCAGAACUCCACCUGCGACAAGUGCUGCUGCCUCUGGGCUACUUGUCUGAGGCUGAGUUGCUUGUGGUAGAUGCUGCAACCUUCAGUGAGGACCAGAGACAGGAGGCACUCCAGGCCAUCAGUGCAGCCAGGCAACAGCAGAAGUGCCAGCACAGCGCCAGCACUGAGAAGACCCAGGUGCCAGACCAGGAAGGUACCUCCUCUAGCAAGUUUUUAUCACUACUGACAUUGCUUCAAAAGUUUUGGGACUUUGCAGUGAGACAUUUCUGUUCCUUGCCCUUCAAAAAGAGCAUCCUGGCUGCUGUUCUCCUCUGUGUCUUGGUGGUGAGGUUUGAUCCAGCUUCUCCUUCUUCCCUGCCCUUCCUCUACAAGCUGCUUCAAAUCUUCCAUCGAAUUCGGGGGGCCGUAUUUUCUCCCCUCUACCAAGUGCCCACCCACGACUGAGUGACCUUCCCCACCCCACUCAGUCUCUUCUUCCCAUCUUCCCAUGUCUGCGGCCACAGAAGCGGAGUCUCUCAUCCAUGGUGACCCAUUUCCUGUUGCUGACUAGACCUCCUACCUGAGCAGGGUCAACUACUUACUAGAAAGAGCUGUUCCAGGAGCUGAACGUGGUCUUUGCCCACUGCCCAUGGACUUAGCAGGUCACAUGCAAGAGUGGCUCCAGGGGAGACAAGUCAUCCAAUAUAGCUACCCAGAACCCUCAUGAGGAGUUUGCAGGAGUGUAUGUUCAUGAAACAACUUUCUGGCAGUGGCAAGAGGCUGAUGUUUUCGGGUUAUGAUGUCAGGAAAGCUUGAAAGUUCAGGAAAAUCCAGAUGAUGUGGUGACUGACUUUUAGCCUUUAACCUUUAGCUUCACUGCUUCCAAAAAGCUCUGAAAACUCCCCUCCCACCCCCCUCCCCAACUAAUUAGGAUUUUUUUUUUCUUUUUUCUUUUAGCCUGAGCACUGCUCAGCUAUGGUUUAUGAUGUUGGGGAUUAGACCUGGGACCUCAGGUAUAAAAGCCUUUUUGCAUAACCAUUGUGCUAUCUCCCUGGCCCCAGACCCAUAUUUAGUGUGAGGUAAGAGAGGCCCUCUUUGUUCUCCUUUAUGCACCCAUCCACAGAUCUGAUUUCACUUGUUAUCAGUACUGCUCAGCUCUGGUUUAUGGUAGUGCAGGGUUUGAACCUGGGACCUUUGGUGCCUCAGACUUUCAAGUAUUUUUGCCUAAUGAUUACUCUGUCUCCCCAGCCUUCCCUACCUUGACUCUUAAAAGCAAAGUGAAGCUGCCUGCCUUUCUUCACUGGGUAAAGUGAUCUUGUUUCAUGCAUCUUGGCCUUAAGCUUAAUUUUCCAGCUUGCUUGUGGCCAAGCCCUCCUCUGUUACAGGCAGUGACUCUGCCCCCCCUCUCCCCACAUCAGCCUCCCACCCCUGUCCUAUGGUUGUAAUUUUGUACUUUUUCCACAACUAUUUCACCAGGCCAGGCCUGUAUCCUUCCCUCCUUGGUUACCACUGUUAUUGGCACCCCCUUUCUCUGUCCUGUUCUAGAUAUAUUCCAUAGUGUCUGUAAUGAUCAAGGUUUUCUGCUCAUGUGGCCUUGAAAAGUAGGCCAGUCUCAGAGGUUAAGGAGCUGAAAAUGGAACUGGGUAAUCAGGUGAGCUGGCCAGAGGGGAGAGAAAAGAGUUUGGAAGGCAAUAGACAAUUUUAUUCAUUGUCAGUGGGUGGGAGGCAUUGGGUCCUUGGUGUUUAAAAAUGGGCAACUGUUGGCCACCUUUCAGUGUUUUCUGUCACUGGCUACAAGAAUCUUAUAAGUUUCUAGGCAAGUAGAUAUCAGCACUACUGUGUGGGGUAUGUAAGACUCUAGCAGCAGCAGCCUGUCUUUCUGCAGCUGGAGACCAAACAGGCUGUGGGAACCUCAGUCAGUAUCAGUACUGAUGCCAAGAAUAUCAGAGGUGCCAAUCAGUUUUUCCUUGGUUGAAUCUUGGAAGUGGCAAGUCAACAACUUCUCUAAUGAAAAGUCCUUAAGGGGUUAUGUCCCCUAGGGUGUGGUCCACCUUUGCAGGUCAUACAGCCUACAGAGUCAUAAGUGGCUUUUAUCUUUUAUCUGUGGGUUUUCCAUAUCCUCCCCCUCCCACCACUGCCUAGUGAGUUCCUCCCUCUUCUCUUUUCCUGAUGUCUCCUGCUUCCAGUCUCUGUUUCAUGCCUCUUCUGUGGUGGUGACCCAUGGCCUUCUAAUUGUACAGUCCUGUCAGCCCUCCCUCCAGUAAAUGUGAACUCUUGGGUCUGGGGAGUGGCUUGUUGCCAUGUGUAAGAAUCAGGCUUGGAUGCCUUCUCCACCACUCCCUAGCUUUGUGACUGUUGGUUUAUGACCUCCCCCCAACUCAAGCACCACACCCCACCCAUCUGUAAGUUCUUAUCUCAGAGGGCCCUUUGGAUGGGGGAAAUGUGGUGCAGUGCUACUUAUGUUGAGUAUGUGAGUGAUAGCUGCAUCCCUGUCACCCAGGCCAGCAUCUGGGAGGUUUCGGAAAACACCGGGAGUUAUUUAGAUAAACUCACUGAUGGAGCUGACAGGCGCUUUCUGGGAAUCCUGUGAGUUACCUGUUGUGAAAAGCCUGCAUAUAAAGGUGUCCUGACUUCUCAGGCCAUUAUUCUGUCUCCUCUGAAGUCCUCCAAUAUUGUUCUACUGGCUCACCUCUGAGUUCUGUGUUUUAUUUUGGCUCACACUCUGCUGUGUUACCUGUUAAGCAACCGCAGCCACCUUCCUCAUCAGACAAGAAACUCAGGACCAAAACUGCUCUGACAUUGGUGAUAUUUUCUAAGGCUACAGACAGGUGCUCAUAUCAGUCUUCAGCGUUAGGCAUUUGUGAGGUCAGAGGUGAGGGAAGACUGUGAGACUCUAACCUGUGCUGUCCAAGGUGGAAAUCAUUAGCUAUCUGUAGCGUUUGAGCACUUGAAAUAUAGCUGGUCCAAAUCAAGAUAUCCUAGUAAAGCAAAGUAUAUUCUGAAUUUCAAGGACCUAGUACUAAAAAAUAAAUGAAAUAAAGUAAAAUGAAAACUCAGUGAUUAUUACUGGUUUGCAUGCUGAAAUGAUAAUAUUUUGGAUAAACUGGGUUAAAUAAAGUCUAUCAUUAAAACCA